UGUCAUUAUCAUCUUUCAAAAUGCUCUCAAAGUAGUUUUGGCUCAAAGUUUAACGUUCCCUGUCCCAACUUCUGACUAAGAAACUCUUGUUUGGAAGUUUAUUUCAGAAUGUCUAUAUCUUUAGACAUAAAAUUUAAAAGAGUUGAUAAAGUGUAUCAGGAGGGGGAAAAUGUUACCGGUAUUAUAAUAAUACAGUGUAAUAACAAUUUAAAACACGAUGGCAUUGCGUUAACUAUGGAAGGAGCUGUUAAUUUACAAGUCAGUUCAAAGAAUGUUGGAAUACUGGAAGCGUUUUAUAAUGCCGUAAAGCCAAUACAACUUCUGCAUGUGGUAUGUGAGGUGUCAGGUCCCGGGCGCCUACCAAAUGGUUGUACAGAAAUCCCCUUUGAGUUACCUUUACAAUCACGUCCGAACAGGACCCUUUAUGAAACAUACCAUGGUGUUUAUGUAAAUAUCAUAUACAGUAUUCGCUGUGAGAUUAAACGAUCGUUCUUAUCAAAAGAUUUACUUAAAGGACAGCAAUUUUUAGUACAAUAUAAACCUAAAAAACCAGAACCACCUCGUCCUAUCAGUUUUAAUAUUAGUCCUGCUUCAUUAAGUAUUGGCGGUGCGGGAGCACCCGAUUUUCUUCUUAAAGGGAAAUUAGAUUCUGCACGAUGCAGUGUUUCCAAACCUUUCACAGGUCACCUUAUUUUGGAAAGGUGUGAAGUUCCAAUACGCUCCCUGGAAUUGCAGCUGGUAAGAGUAGAAACUUGUGGAUGUGCCGAAGGAUAUUCCAGAGAUGCCACUGAAAUUCAAAAUAUCCAAAUUGGUGAUGGAAAUAUCCCCCAUAAUGUCCCUAUUCCCAUUUAUAUGAUAUUCCCCAGGCUGUUCACGUGUCCGACGUUAAUUACGCCUAAUUUUAAGAUAGAAUUUGAAGUUAAUAUCGUCAUCGUUUUUUACAAUGACCAUUUAGUCACUGAGAAUUUUCCAAUUAUUUUAACUAGGGAGCUUUAAUUUCAGGCAUUAAAAUGAGGAAUAAUAAGCAUCUAUAAAGAAAUAUUGUUUUUA